CUCACUCAUUCUCUCUUUUCCUUUAUAGCUCAGCCCCUUGCUUGAAAACAGUAGCCUUGGCUCUGACUAUUCUGGAUGCAGGCUGACCAUGCUGAGGCCCGUACAGAAUGGGACAGCAACCGAAUUCCUGUGUGGCCACUGGAAAACUCCCACCACCCCUAGCCUGGACAGGAAGAAGAUUUACUGGGAGCUGAGCAAUCAGACCCAAGGUAUCACCAGGCUGGGUGCCUAUACCCUGGACAAUAAGAGCCUCUAUCUCGAUGGAUACAGCUAUCAGAUGAAUCUUUCCUCCUCCACAAGUGCUGGAGGUCCCAACUUUGAGCCUUUCACACUGAAGUUCACCAUCACCAACAUGAGGUACACAGCAGACAUGGGGGAAAGGGGCUCCAGCAUAUUCAUCUCCACUGAGAGAGUGCUGCAGCGCCUGCUCAGUUCCUUGUUUGAAAAGAGCAGCCUUGGCUCUCAGGAUUUUGCAAGCAAAUUGACCUUACUGAGGCCUAUGAAGGAGGGAAGAGCAACCCUAGUUCAUUUCACUUGCAUCCAUCGGAGAGAUCCUGCCAGCCCUGUCCUAGAUAGAGAAAAAAUUUACUGCGAGUUGAGCUAUCUGACCUGGAGCAUCACCAGGCUGGGCCCCUACACAUUAGAGAAGGAUAGCCUCUACCUCAAUGGUUACAAUCAUUUGGCCGUGGCCCCCACCAAAAUGCCACCAGACCCAGCAGUAGCACCUGGUUGUCCCCUGUGGGCCACAGAGCCUGGAGGCUCCCAAGCUGCUAGUUUAAGCUUCCAGGCUUUCACCACCAUUCCCGAGGUGCUGUACACAGAAGAUAUGCAUCUUUCUGGAUCUGACAAGUUCAACUUCACCAAAAGAACCCUGCAGCAACCUUUGAAGAAUGGCUCAGAAACUGGAGUGAGUUGCCUGUACACACACAAGAGAAAUGUUAGAAGUUCAUUCAGAGACCAAGAGAAGGUUUACUGGGAUGCAAAAAGAGCAUUUCACUAAGCUGGGCUUUUCCUCCUCCCUUGAAAGAGACAGUCUACUCAAUGAUGAGGAGCACAACAGAAUCCCAAGCUCUUUCCUCUAUCCUCAUGCUACUUUCCCCUCCUCCUGCUAAAUUUCCAUUCUGAUUCUGACCUUAAUGUUCUCUCAAAGAUUCAUUAUUUCUCAAUACCCUUUUAUUACACCAAACACAGAAAAUAAACCAUGCCCCUAUCUA